CUGACAGCACCACUGACCAGCGUACGGUGUACCACUUCAUGCCAGUGCAGCAGAUGUCUACAGCAGCACUGAAUUCUGAAAGGAGUGCUGCACGCUCACUUUUCCGGCCACACAGAAGAAAGGCUACUUGGCAGGACGCCAUGGCUGCCACUCCUCGCUGUCUAAUCCUGUUCGGAGACGGUUGUCUUCUCAACGAGACGACACUUGAGUCUAUAGACUGCCCUGCAUUGGAUCAGACUGCUAGGGAAGGCUGCACCGGUCAGCUGGCACUGCGCAAAUUGCCUGAUGGCGUGACCGAGGCGCAGCGGAGCCUGCUGGAGUUGGAACAAAUUCUGGACCUGGAAAGUAACAAAGAAAGUGGCGGGAGUUCUGGUCAAGCUCAGAGCAGAGAAGGAAGGACUUUCGUAAGCUUGAACGAGAGGUUUAUGGGCAUGUCUGCAUCUUUCUUUUCAUCCUCGCAAUCAGUAAAGGCUCUGGCAUCGAAAGCAGGGUUUGACAGUCAGCUCCUCACUGAGAAUCAGGGUGGCCUCGACGCCGGAAUGCUGCCAGAUGCAGCCAGCUUUGCAGAACAGAGUCUGACACUGUUGGGCUUGGCAACUGCCUCGGAGAGAUCCGCUGGGAGCAAUGUUUUCAAUGAGUUGACAGGAAGCGAAAGAGGCAGUGGUGACCCUGCAAAGAGUCAAGAUUUGGUGUUCGUGCACCUUAGACCUGACGUCUCUGAGGACAGCAAUGGUGCGCAGCCUUCGAAUAGGACAGACGACGCACCCUCCCCGUCCAAAUCGGACCAGGACCUUGUAGAGAGUGCGAAAGCCAGUUUGGUGUGGCUAGAUGCUUUGGUGGCGGCCAUCAGAAAGUUAGAAAGUCGAGACAGUAGAAUUGCAGCCCGGCUUUACCUCGUGCUAGUGUUAAGUUACCAUGCGACCGCUGUAACGGAGUCAGGGACCAGCAGAGAGAGCGAAGCAGAGCCCAAGUCGGACAAGGUGCUAGAAAGCGCGGGGGCACCAGAGGGGCUCCUUGCGUUUAAGCCUGUGCAGAGUUACCAACAAAAGGAAGGGCAAGAGCUCACAAAUAUCAGGGAAAGUCACCAUGCUUUGGUAGUGUACAAUUCGCAUGGACUGACGAGAAGAGACGCAGUCCAAAGUCUGCAAGCGAGUGAGAUCACAACGAAAUCAGGCAACCUCACAAUCCUGGCGGACAGAUUCUUCCAUGAGGUAGCUUUCAAGGUCGGCAGGGCUCCGAAGUAUGGUGCUUGAGAGGAACAUAAGUAACUUCUGGCACUGGAAGGGCUCACAUGGGGAUCCGCUACGAGAAAAUGGGCCAUCCUCCAAAGAAAGGUGCUCUUCUUCGAAGACGUACUGUCAUCGUGCAAGCAACAAAAGAUAUCACCGACCAAUUUUGCCCGGAUCCUGUAGUCAGCGGUCUGAUGCUAAUUGAAAUAAUCUCUUUGUACCGUCCCAGAGG